AUUGGCCCCUAACUUGAGGGUAUCUACGUGUUUGCUCGAGGGCAAUUGAUUGCAACAACCCAUCACUCGUCCAUCCCAAGCCGUGCUCAAAAAGUGGACAAUGGGGCCUUGAAGUCAAGUUCUUUUCGAACGCAUCUCCCACGGUCAAAAAUUAACACUCAUUUCAAGCUCUCUUAGCGUCUCAGAGCGUCUUUGGACCUUAGUUUGGGAAUUGGUACGGUAUCAUCAAGAGGAUCCGCGGAAAAAAUGACAGCCAGCGAACCAUCGCCUGAACAAGCAACCAGCACGGCAGGACUCCCGGCAAUUCCCACCUCUUCGGACCUGUUCGAGGGAGAGCUCUUUAGCGAUGAACUCAUUGACAUUUAUCACGCAGCCGUCCAAGAAGGGAGCGGACCUGAUAAGAUGGCGCAAGAGAACGAAAUCCCGUCGUUGCCGGUUCAACCACAUGAACCAGAAAAAGAAGUGGCUACAGACGAUGCAGCAUCCGCAGCAAAUGUAAACCACCCAGGAGCACGGGUCGCUGCUACUGCUGCUGCACUAGACAAUGGCUUGGCUCCUUUUAGUGCCCCUGGUCCCUUUGUUGUUGCAGCACCGCCUGCUACUACGUCGCAAGUGGUUGUUGCCACAGCGACGCCCAACCCGGUAGUUGUACCUGCUACAGCGACGCCAAACCCGAUUGUUGUACCUGCUGCAGCGACGCCAAACCCAGUAGUUCCCGCUGCAGCUGAAGCACCACCCAUCCAAGUUGUAGUCAACGACCCUAUCAGCAACAAUACUGUCGCUUCUCCUGCUGCAUCUAUACCGGUGGCCAAAGGAAAUAUACCGUCUGACUCCCUUGGUCCGAAGAGAAAGCCAGAAACAGACCUGCAAGGGAGCGCGCCCAAGAAGCAACAACAAUCCCCAUCGGUUGCAGCGACACCAAUAUCGGUCGCCUCUAGCAUCACGGCAGCAGCAAAGCAAUACACUGCCGCAACUGCUGGGGCAACGGCGGCAAAAGCAUUGACGUCAGGUAGUACUGCUGGAAUGCCACCAAAGACGGUUACUUCAGAUGGAUCAGUUGCUUCCAGUAAGAAAAUGAGCGAUGGUGAAGGGCCAGAGUCGGCACCAAGAGCGGCAACAGAAGCCGAUUUCAAGACGGUUGCGCAAGCGGCUGUGUCCAGCCUCAUUCUCAGUACCAAGAAUGGGGAAGUUCCCGCGGGUAAUCCUGACGGAUGCAGCGAAGACAUUGAUCUGAGCACGGACCACAUCAAGAAUCUAACGGGUAGCAAUUGGGUUGCUGCCUGUGCAGGUGCUGGAGCCGCCGCUGUGGCUGCCGGCGGGGGUUCUGCCCCUAUUGCAGAGGGGGGAAAGGCAGGCAAUCGCAAGAGGCAGAAUUUGACCGCGGAUGAACGUGCUCGUCAAAAUCGUGAUCGAAAUCGGGAACAUGGUACGUUUGUCGCCAGGAAUAUUCGACAAUGGUAUCACAGGCUCUGGGCUAACGGUCAUCUCUUGUCACCACAACUACAUGUAUGCAUAUGUCGAUCUACCCAAGCUCGGAACACAAGGCUACGAAAGAAGGCUUAUGUCGAAGAACUCAAGCGAACCUUGACUGAACUAGUCGCGCAACGUGAUCGAACUGAGCAACACAAUCAACAAACGGCUCAGAGGGAGGUAGAGCAAAGGGAAGUUCGCUUUCGAGUUAUCGAAGAGUUCCUCAAAUUACGAGCGCGCAAUGAGGCAAAUCAAAACAGCUGGGCAGCAAUCUUGCAUAGCAGCUUUGUUCUGACGAUGCCUUGUGAUGCUAUCAAUCGAAGAACAACAACUGCACAGGGUACCGUUCCGCUCGAACACAUUUUUUCUGGUGCCGAUGGUGUGAUGAGGGAAUCCAACAACUUUGCUACGUUUCUCCAGUCUGUAAGAAGCGAUGCCAAUGAAGGCCGGAACCCUGCAAUCGUGUUCCAGUACUAUUGCGAUCGAACCAACUUCUUUAUGGACGACGAUCGCGCUGUGCUGGACUGGAGCGCCAAUACGUCAGGUCUCGUGGAGAGGGGUCUCCAACGUGAGCUGUCAAUACGCGGAUCUAUCAGGGCAGAGUUUUGUCCGGCUAGCAAUAAGCUGCUUUCUGCGAGCAUGGUGUUUGACACCGGGGCAAUUCUUUCACAGCUCAACCAGUUCAUUCAUGUAUCGGCGGGGACCGCUUACUAUGCUGAAGCCCAGGAAGCUUCGCACAGAGCCAAUGCCAUUUUGGAUUCUCUUCAAAUGCCUCACCUCGCAACUUCUUCGGGGGGAGCAUGAUUGGGUUACAUGUAUAUGUAUGGCAGUCUUGGCAUCUCCCCACUGACGGCCCAUGCCCGAGCUGCCAAAUAUGCUUCGAUUCAAACACUCAGUUUUAUUGCAGAUUGUCUUAUCCUAGCUAACUACAUGUAGGACCCCCCAGUUGUGCCUGUUGCGAUUAGUGGCGCUUCCGGUAUUUCAAUUGCAGACGAAUUAUCGGUGCUCGUGGAGGCCAUGCCG